UUUUAAUAUACAGGUAAUUAAAACCGAUGUUUAGAUGAGAAAAAAAUUAAUGUGAAACCAGUGUCUAAUCGUAAACAGGUUUACACUUGACCUAUAAUGGCUUACUUUUAUAAAUUUUGACUUGGAUGGAGAGUUGUCUCAUUGGCACUCAUACAUGUACCACAUCUUCUUAUAUCUAUUCACAGUACGCAGCGUUUGGUGUGGACACGGCCUUGUACAUGUAGCGACAACACCAUAUCUUGAAUAGCUGAUCAUUUUGCUGUCUACAAUUUCCACCUAUCUACAGUAACUAUAGUUUUCAAGAAUGUAUAUGAUAUUAGCAACAAUAGCUGGUGCCAUAGGUGGCUUAUAUCUGCUAGUGAAAUUAAAAUUACCAUGGUUACCUAGUGAUAUCAGAUUUCUCAAAUUUCUAAUUGGAUUUGGAAAGGAAAUAGAGACAUGCAAGAAAAAAAAUAUACUGCCAAUAGACAUCUUUGAGAAAACAGCCGAUAAGUUUACUACGAAGCCAAUGAUCAUCUAUAAAGACGUGUCGUACAGUUUCAUGGAAGUGGAUAAAAUGGCAAAUAAAUUGGCCAAUGUAGCAUGUGGGUUAGGUAUAAAACAAGGUGAUACUGUAGCCAUACUGAUGUACAAUGAACCUGCAUUUGUUUGGGCCUGGUUUGGUUUUGAGAAAAUUGGAGUUGAAGUUGCUUUCGUCAAUUUUCAUCAAAGGAAGAAGACAUUACUCCACAGCUUAACAAUAAGUGGCGCAAAGGCCAUCUUUAUGAAUAGUGGCAUAGAUUUAUACCAGGCUAUAGACGAUAUCGCCAACGACUUACAAGAUAUAGCAUUAUACACAUUAGAAGCUCAAAACAGCAGUAUACCGUCUAGGUUUAAGAGCUUAUCAGAUGAUCUUAAAACAGCAGUUGAUCAAAGAAUACCACGUGACAAGAGGUCGAGUGUCAACAGUAAAUGUACAAAUUGUUUGAUAUUUACAUCGGGUACAACAGGCUUACCAAAACCUGCUAUUGUUACACAUGCAAAGUGUAUGAUUGGUUCGUUUAUAUACAACUAUUGUCAUGUGACACCGGAUGAUGUAUUGUACGAAUGUCUUCCCUUAUAUCACUCAGCGGCAUCUCUAUUAGGCAUUGGGACAUCACGAAAAAAUGGAGUGACAGUGGUUCUGUCAGAAAAAUUUUCUGCCAGUAAGUUCUUUGAAGAAUGCCAUCGGAACAACGUAACAAUGAUUCAUUAUGUCGGUGAGAUGUGUCGAUAUUUGGUGAACUCACCAAAGGGCGAUUAUGAUACCAAUCAUAGAAUAAGAGUCGCGCUUGGAAAUGGACUAAGGAAAGACGUAUGGACAUUGUUUCAAAAAAAGUUUAAGAUAGAACGAAUUCUGGAGUUCUAUGGUGCAACUGAGAUGCCAGCAGGACUUAUAAAUAUCGAAAACGCAGUUGGUGCAGUUGGCAGAAUAUCUCCACUAUUCAAACGGUUGCUUCGGAUCCAUUUUGUCAAGUUUGAUACAGAUAUGGACCAGCCUGUACGAGAUGAAAAUGGCCAGUGCAUUCCAGCUGCUCCAUAUGAGCCAGGACUACUUAUUUUAACACUAAGUGAAAAAACUCCAUUUGAAGGAUAUAAAAACCGGGAAGAUGCAACUAAACGAAAACUUAUCCAUGAUGUUUUUAAAAAAGGAGAUGUAUACAUCAAUUCUGGAGACCUGUUUUACCAUGACGAAUACUACUAUUACUAUUUUUAUGAUCGGCUUGGUGAUACAUAUAGAUGGAAAGGUGAAAAUGUAUCAACCACACAAGUAGCAAAUAUUAUCACAGAGCUACCAUUUAUAGUAGAUACAUGUGUCUACGGAGUUCUUGUUCCAGGUUCUGAGGGGCGAGCAGGAAUGGCUACAAUCAACUUACUUGAUUCCGAGAAGGAACAUCCUACUGAAGACAUGAUUUCCAAAAUAGAACAACAAUGCAUCAACGAACUAGAAUCAUAUGCUAUACCUAGAUUCCUACGAUUUACACAUAUGAUAGACAUCACAUCAACGUUCAAACAAAUAAAGGCAACUCUGAAAAAAGAAGGAUUUGAUCCUACGGUGGUGAAAGAACCACUUUACUACUUUAAUACUAAAAACCAAAAAUAUUGUAUUUUGGACAAGGAAAUAGCCAUGGCAAUUGAAGAACGGGAAAUAAAAUUAUAAUAUGAACACGAUGCUAUAUUCGAAGAGAUAAAGAGAGAUUACUGAUAAUUGUUUUGUUAAACCUAUGUAUUAAAUAUUAAAUGGAACACUUGACAGCAAUUAUACAUGUCUUUAGAAACUACUAAUGUUUUACUGUCAAAUUAUGUUUUUAUGCAUGUUUUACUGCUUCAGCUUCUCAUGUUGGUAAUAAGUAUAAUCAAGCUGUAUGCUAUGAUUAAAAAACAAAUUUCAUAUUAUUAAAUUGGAGUAAAAUUUGUAAUAUCUAUAUCUAGUAAAUUUAAUGAUAUUUAUACGAUUAUCAUGCAUAUUGAAUCGAUAUUAUUUAGUUUGGUUUUACUGGUACACAUGUAGCUGUGUUAUCUGUAAUCUUUUGUUAUUAAAAGAACGGGGGAAAAAAAACAUAAACUGAACACAUUUUUACUCGAAUUUUUUCAAUAAUUUUAUUUCCCGUUCAUUGAGAUUAAUUGGAGAGGUUAAGUACAAAAAUAUAUAUAUAUAUAUAUAGUUUACUCACAACACGUUCAUUUUCCUUUCAAAAUCAAGAACCUUUCGUCGCUGGUUAUAAGUGCCGAUGGCUUAUGAUAUAGAAUAUAGACAUUUGUAUACAUUGACAAUCAUACUACAUCUUAUUUUGGUAUUUAUCUACUAUUCAGGAACAUAAAUACUGUAAACAUA